CAGAUCCAAAGAUGCAGUUGCCCUGCUGUUCAACUUAAAAUCAGUUGCAAUGUAACUUUCUUCACAAUUCCCAGUACCCAUUGACAUUUAAUUUAAGGUUGAGUACAUUCUUUUUCAAUUCCAAUUUAGCUUUAGUGAUCUUCCUUUCUUUUGAGUUUGGAAUUAUUGGUGACCUGAGUCAGGGCCGGGGUUGGGAUUCCAUUAUUGCUGAUUUUUGGGUAUCUCAAAUCUUGUUCUAAUUGUUUAUUUAUUAUCUAAAUUGGGUUUUUACAGUUUAAACAAGUCAAUAUCAUUAUUAUGUUUAUGCUAGUGUCUUUUGUAGUUCCUGCAAUGGAUUUGGAAAAUGUGGCAGAAAGGGCACCAACAUCAUCGGUUUGAAAGAGGAAGAGCUCAACCUUGCUUCUUUUUAAAUAUAGCAGUAACCAGAGCCUCUUUUACAACGGGGUACAUAUCUCUAGCAUUUCUUAGCUUUGUGCUGUAUACUCAGUUUGUCAGAACUGUUCUCUGCAUGAUGGCAUGGAAGAAGAUAAAGAUUAUGGAGAAUCAUGCACAGGGAAAAAGUCAGGUGUCGUAUUGGUUACGUAUCAGCAAUGCUUAUAGAUAUAUAGACUUUGCAUUAUUCGCAAGACUUCCAAUGAGUAUCUAUCAUAUUUAAUGUUCGCUAUUGGUUAAAUAGUUAAGGAGUUCUGUGCAUAUCAAUUUUUUUAUUGUUCUAGAUUAUAUUUUUGUAAUUCACAAUCUUGUCGGUAUUCAUUGUAAUUUACUUACAUUCAAAAGUAACAAUUAAAGGGGCUUAGAAAGGCUUUUAUAUGCCGAUUUAU